UGUACUUCGUUAUUCACCAUUACCGUUUCAAUUUUAUUAGUAUUAUUGUUCCAAAGGAAAUAUCUUUAAAAUAUGUAACGUACCUUUAUAAAAAAUAUCUGCUAGAUCUUUUAAUAUUUUUUAAUCAGAGUGAUGUGUCUUUUACAAUAAGUUAUUUGGUGAUAAAACCUGUAUUGCAAUGGGCUCUUGAACACUAGGGGCCUUUUGUUCCAUCCAAUAUGGCUGCCGCCGGGAUUGUUGACAAGAAUCACUUGAUUUUAUAAAAAUAAUAUCUUUAAAAAUUCACUCUCUAAUUAUUCAGCGUAAUUUAUAUAACUUAUUAUUUCACGGAAAUGAAAGCAACAUGACAUUAAAAUGAGUUGGAGAAGUUGGUACAAUUAUCGAUUGCAUAUAGAAAAAACAAUACACAAGUCAAAUAGAAUAACUAUAGUUAUUAAUUUAAACAGUGCAGUGGAUGUGCUAGAUAGUGUUUAACUAUUGUGUUGUAAUAAGUGCAUUGUGAAUAACAGAAAUAUGUCGCAGUGUCAGCGGGCGUUAUGAGCCCGCCUUGGUGCAAUAAUUGUUGGGCUCGGCUGUGCUACUCAUGGGUGUGGAGCGCAGUGAGGGCGCGGGCGGCGGCUUCGCCGGUGCGACCGCCGCGCUCAACGGCUCUCCAACGGAUCGCCCGGAGGAACCCCCCAACAAACGGCCUAAGUUAAUUCUCGCGGAAGAUGCCUCCGCUUUGCGAAAACGUAUUCUCGAAUAUAAGCUGUUGCGGCUCAAGAAUCUUCGCGAAAGGUCAACGGAGCUGCUCAAGGAGCAAUACUUUCUGGAGGCCGGCGGAAACAUGAUCGACUACGUGGCGUGGCGUAAAAGGCCGCCGGCGCCCGCGCUCGCGGCGUAUGUAGAGGCGCGGCGCACGGGUGGAGGUGCGGAGUCGGCGGCCACUCUGGACACGGCUGUCGAAACGCCACCGAGCGCGCCGGAGCCGCAGGUGGGCGCCGACGAAGUAGUGGAGAAGGCGCGGGCGGAGGCGGCGGUGGCGGCUCGAAUAGCGGCUCUGGCGCGAGGGGGCCUCUGGGCCGAGCGGAGGCUGCCGCGGGUGUUAGAACCGCCCCGCCCCAAAACGCACUGGGACUACCUGCUCGAAGAGAUGGCUUGGCUUGCGCAGGAUUUCGCGCACGAGCGCAAAUGGAAAAAGCAGGCCGCUAAGAAGUGCGCGCGAGCUGUGCAGAAAUAUUUCCAAGAUAAAGCCUUAGCAGCACAAAAAGCAGAAAAAGCUCAAGAAUUACAGUUGAGAAAAAUCGCGGCAUUUGCAGCUAAAGAGAUCCGGACUUUUUGGGCCAACGUUGAAAAGGUGGUGGAAUGGAAGCGGUCGGUCCGCGUAGAGCGCGCGCGUAAGCAAGCGCUGGAUGAGCAGCUCAGCUACAUCGUCGACCGCACCGAACGUUACUCGCGUCAGCUCGCCGCCAACCUGCACCCCGAGCGGCCACCGGCCUCCGACGACGAAUUCCAACCGCGCGGCGACUCCGACGACGACGAGGAAACCAUCGCCGCCGCCGAACAGGACGACCCGGCCGACCACAGCCGCGAACUCGACGCGUUGCGACGGGAGUCGCGGCUUGACCUCGGCGAGCUGCUGCCGGCCGGCUACCUUCCCGAGCAUUCGCCGCCGCCUUCCGACUACGACGGCGACGAGGAUUCGGCCGACGACGAGAGCACCAUAGACGAGCAGGAGCGUGCCGAGCGGCCCGAUGAGACGGCCGACGAACUGGCCGCGCUGCGCAGCGAGGCCGACCUCGAUAUUGACGAGCUCUUACGCCGAUAUCCACGAAGGCCCGUCGGAGCCGAGGCCGAUUCCGACCUCGACGACGAAGCUGAAGAGGACGACGCGAUCUCCGCAUCCAGCGAGACCGAAUCCGGCGCCUCGGAACGGGCGCCGCUGGAGUCGCUGGUGGCGGACGAGGCGGACGGCGAGGACCGAGUGGAGGCGGCCGCUUCGUUGGCGGCCUCGCUCCAGCCCACCGGCACCACGCUGUCGGACACGACGGUGGGCACGCCGGUACCGCGGCUGCUGCGCCACACGUUGCGCGAGUACCAGCAGGUGGGGCUGCACUGGUUGGCCACGAUGCACGCGCGCCGCCUCAACGGCAUCCUGGCCGACGAGAUGGGCCUGGGCAAAACCAUCCAGACGAUCGCGCUACUGGCGCAUCUGGCCCUGGAGCGACACGAUUGGGGCCCGCAUCUCGUAGUGGCGCCCACGUCGCUCGUGCUCAACUGGGAGUACGAGUUCAAGAAGUGGUGUCCGGCUUUCAAGCUGCUCACCUAUUACGGCACGAUCAAAGAGCGCAAGCUGAAGCGCGUCGGCUGGACUAAAGCCAACUCCUUCCACGUCUGCAUCACGUCUUACAAACUAGUCGUUCAAGAUCAUCAGAGUUUUCGGAGAAAGCGCUGGAAAUAUUUAAUACUCGACGAAGCGCAGAACAUCAAGAACUUUAAAUCUCAGCGUUGGCAGAUGCUGCUUAAUUUUCAAACCGAGAGGCGGCUGCUGCUGACGGGCACGCCGCUUCAGAACAGCCUGCUCGAGCUGUGGUCGCUGAUGCACUUCUUGAUGCCCAGCGUGUUCGCUUCGCACUCGGAAUUCCGCGAGUGGUUCGCGCCCGUGGCCGGGAUCGCCGAGGGCGCCACCUCGCGCCAGUCCGACGCCCUACUGCGCCGCCUGCAUGAAGUGCUGCGCCCUUUUUUGCUUCGCCGCCUCAAGGCGGACGUCGAGCGCCAGCUUCCGCGCAAGCACGAGCACGUGUUGCUCUGCCGGCUCGCGAAGCGGCAGCGCUUUCUGUACGACGACUUCAUGUCGCGCGCCAAGACCAAGGAGAGCCUCGCCUCGGGCAACCUGCUCAGCGUCAUCAACGUGCUCAUGCAGCUGCGCAAGGUGUGCAACCACCCCGACCUGUUCGAGCCCCGCCCCGUGACCUCGCCCCUCCACCUGACCCCGUUGAGUCUCCGCGUGCCCGCGCUCUCCUUGCUGGCCUCCGUCGACGAGCGUCGGGCGGCGGCCGCCCGGCUCGGCGGCGACCUCGCCUCGCUCGAGCUGCACGUCGUCGACGCCUUCGCCGCGCACCGAGCUCGACACCUGGCGCCGCCGCGACGCCUCGUCGAGGAGCUCGCCGAGAGACCGGCGCCGACGGCUCCGCGGCCUCCUCCCGCCGCCCUCCGCCUGCACUUGCGCCUCGUUCCGCGCGCCCCGCCAUCGCGGCUGCCCGCCGUCGCGCCUCAGCCCCCGCGACUCCUGUCCGCGCCACCGCGCGCGUCCGAGGCCGCCGCGCCCCUCGUUCCUCAGCCGCGCGAAGGCGGCGCCAGUGAACGACUAGAGGCCCAUCGGGCGAGCUGCAUGCGACGCGCGGCUCGCGUCAACGAGCGGAGGUGCUGGCGACUGCCGCUGUUCGGCGCCGACCUGCGCGCUGCGCUGAGCGUACCGCCGCCGCCACCGCCGUUCGCGCCCAAGACCGUGGACGACGUGCUCGCGGAAUUGCACGACGCCAUUGACCGGUUCGGUAUAUGCUGGGCGCCGUGCCGUGCCGAGCCGCCGUCGCUCGCUUGCGGCAGCGGCGAGGGUGCGAGGGCCUGGCGCCGCCUCGAAUUCGGGUUGCAGCGGGCGCUGGCUCCGCCGUUGCGGCGAGCGCUGGCGCAAGUACACGCGCCCGCGCAGCGCCAAGCCGUGGCCUUUCCGCACCCUCGUCUGCUACAGUACGACUGCGGCAAGCUGCAGACGCUCGACGGACUGCUGCGGCGGCUCAGAGCGGGCGCGCAUCGCGUGCUCAUCUUCACGCAGAUGACUCGCGUGCUGGACGUGCUCGAGGCGUUCCUGUCGAUGCACGGGCACACGUACUUGCGACUGGACGGCGCCACGCGCGUCGACCUGCGCCAGCCGCUCGUCGACCGCUUCAACACGGACCCGCGCAUCUUCGCCUUCAUCCUGUCCACUCGCAGCGGUGGCGUCGGCCUCAACCUCACCGGCGCCGACUCGGUCGUGUUCUACGACUCCGACUGGAAUCCGACGAUGGACGCGCAGGCGCAAGACCGCUGCCACCGCAUCGGCCAGACGCGGGACGUGCACGUGUUCCGGCUCGUCACCGCCGCCACCGUCGAGGAGAACAUCCUGCGCAAGGCGGAGCAGAAGCGGGCGCUGGGGCACCUUGCCAUCGAGGACGGUCACUUCACGACGUCGUACCUGCGCGACACCAACGUCCGCGAGCUGUUCGGCGGCGAGAGCGGCGGUGCCGCGGCCGACGGCGGGGAGCUGGAGAGCGCAUUGGCCGCGUGCGAGGACGAGGCCGACGCGGCGGCGGCGGUUGCCGCGCGCGCCGAGGCACAUCGCGACCUCGCCGAGUUUGACGAGAGCGUGCCCCUCGACGACGUGGCCGAAGCGCCCGUCGAUGCUCCCGACGAGUGCGUCGCGCUCGUUAAGCAGCUGAGCCCCGUGGAGAGAUACGCCAUGCGCGUGGUGGAGAGCGGCGAGGCGGCCACGGAGGCCGAGCGCGCCGCCCUCGAGGACAUGCGGCGCCAGCUGCGCGACUGGGAGAAGGCUAGGGCCGCUCUGCGCGAACGCCCCGACGCGCCCGACGAGCCCGAGCGGCUGGACCGGCCCGCCGAGCCGCGCCCCGACGACGACGAGGAGCCGCUCACCUAUGGCGGCGAGGACGCGCGCACCAAGGUGUGGAUCGGCGCUUCGCCCGCCGAAGACGUCAUGCCGAUGUGGGGACCGCCCACGCCGCCCUCCGGCGACGGCGACGUGUACUGCGACUCGUGGGCUCGCGCGCUCUACCGCCGCGGCGCCGCCUCCGAGGCGCUGCUGCCGCCCGUCCGCUGGCGGGACCCGCGCGCCGCCCGCUCGCCUCGCCGUCUGCGCCCCGCUCCGCGCCCGCCUCUCGCGCCCCCGUCGCUCUUCGGCCUGCGCCCGCGCGCCCGACCGAGGGCCCCGCCUCCGACGGCGCGCGACACCGCCGUGCCUCCGCCCGAGUGGAGUCCGUGCGAGGACGCCGCUCUGCGCCGCGCCCUCCGUUCACAGCGGCUGCCUGCCGAGCCGCCCGCCGCGCUCGCGCCCAACUGGGAGUGGCUCGCCGAGCUGGUCAACGAGGUGUCACGCGCGUACCGCUCGCCGCGCGCCUGUCGCGACCGCCACGACGCGCUCGUCGACCCGGAGAGGGCGCGUCGCAAGCACCGCAAGCCGCCCCAGGCUCGCCGUCGUCCAGACGAGGAGACGCCUCGGCCGCCCCUCUCGCGCCUCGAGGCCAUGCGCGACGCGGCCGAGCGACGCCGUGCGACCCCCAAGCGGCGCCACGACGACGCCGCGCCGCGUAACCCCAAACACGCGGCGCUGCUCGCCGACCAGGGGCUUGACUACGACGCGCCGCCGACGCCGAUGGAGGUGGCGACGCGACGCGCCGAGCGAAUGGCCAAAGAGAAGUUGAAGGGCGGCCCGGCCCCGAGCGGCGCGGGGCCCGCCAGCGCCCCGCAGCGCGUCGUGGUGGCGGCGGGCGGCGUGCAGACGGGCAAGGCGGAGCGCAGGGACGCCGCGACUCCGCGGGGCGCUCACCUGGUUUAUCGCCAGCCCUCGCCCGCCGCCCGCCACCAUCUCAAGAUACUCCACCACGCUCCGCCCCACUCCCAGAGCAUAGUGACGAGCGGAAGCGGCACGAGCGUGGGCGGCGUGGUGGCGAGCGUGGAGGGCGUGAGCGUCGGCGGCGGCGGAGCGGCGGCGCUGCGCACACUGCAGUUACAGCAACUGGCUCUGCGUCGUGCCGCCCGCCCUCACCAGCACGUGGUGCUAGCCCAUCUGGCGCCCGCUCAGCCUGUCGCGGCCCAGCCCCAGGCCGCCGUCCAACAGUCCGUCGCCGCCUCGCAGCCCACGACGGCUCCGCCGCAACAGUCGGCGCCGGACUCGCGACACUGAUGCGAUAUAAACUAUAACACGAUAA